UUACAAAGCUAAACAUUCUUACAAAAUCCAAAUUGUAAGUUUUCUUUAAGAGAAGAUAAGAGAAUGUCUAACAACAGCCAGAGCAUGAGCUUCAACGCUGGCCAAGCUAAAGGCCAAACCCAGGAGAAGGCAAGCAACCUGAUGGACAAGGCCUCCAAUGCUGCCCAAUCUGCUAAGGAUUCUUUGUCAGAGGGUGGACAGCAGCUGAAGCAGAAGGCACAGGGUGCGAGUGAGGCCAUUAAGGACAAGACGGGCUUGAACAAAUGAGAAGCACAAACAAGCACAUUCCUAAUAAUAAUUUACGAUUUCUAUUCCUACUAUUAAUAAUUAGAUAGAAUCAUUUAUCUAUCUAAAGUAUUUCAAACGAAGCCAGUCAGGGAAAAAAAAAUUUGUCAAAGUAUAUUCAAUAUCUGUUUGUUGUUGACUCUUGUCUUUUGAAUAAUCCGUAG